AUUCCUAAUUGUACUCCCCAAAAAUAUCUUAUAAAUAUCAUGAACGAGAACAACAACUUGAUUUUAUCGACUACAGUAAAAAGAUCAUAGUGACGAUGAAGAGUAUAAAUCUCUUGAUCUGUGUUUUGUUCGUUUAUUUGAAUAUUGCAGAGGGAAUUUCCGAAGACUCAAGUUCAGCUGCUGUCGCCAAUGAAAUAUGUAAGAGCUACACCGAAGAUGCCAAAAAGAAUCAUAUUUGUCCUGUCCCUCAAGAGACCCGCCUAAUUGGAGGAAUUUUAGCAGAAAAAGGAGAAUUUCCUCAUAUGGUACAACUCGCUUAUAGCAAAAGAAAUACAACUGAGUAUCUUUGUAGUGGUUUCAUUAUUAGCAAAAAUUACGUUCUUACUGCAGCUCACUGUGUUAAUGGAGGAGGAGGGACAAAUAAGCCACAUUAUCUAAGAGCUGGAGUAACAGAUGUCAACGAUGUGUCAAAUGAGCAGGUACGAUCUAUCGACUCUAUUAUAAUUCAUCCUGAAUUUAAGCGCCCACCGAUAUACCACGAUAUAGCGCUUAUUAAGGUUACCGAAGAUUUUAACUUUAAUAAGUUUGUAAGUCCAAUAUGUUUAUAUACUAACAAUGAGAACCCAGAUGGAGAAGGUGUUCACCCAGGAUGGGGUCCAACUGGGGACGACUUUGCACUAGAGAAGCAACCACAUAUGAUAAGACUUUCCCUAAACUUUGAUAGUAAUGAAAGUUGCAAUAGCACUUUCUUUCGUAUAGCAAAGAGUGUAUUACCAGAGGGUAUAGCAAAAAAUAAGAUAGUAUGUGCUGGAGGAAAGACAGGUGGAUGCCAGAUUGACUCUGGCAGUCCUCUGCAGAUAUACCGCAAAGAUGGUAAAGAGAAACCAUGCAUGUAUGAUGCGGUAGGAAUCUCAUCUUUCGGAGUAAAAGUUUGUGGCAAGGAAGUAUUUCCAACGGCUUUUACCAGGAUUUCCCAUUAUAUCAAAUGGAUUCAAGUUAACGUUUGGCCUCAAUUACAAGCAUUAUAGAUUACAAGCACAUUAUACAAGCAAUCGUUUCUCUAAGCUGAAUACAAGAAAUACUAUUAUUUUAGCAGUAGCUAAAAACAACAAAUGCACAUAAAUUUGUUACAUUUUUUAUAAUAAAGUCUUAUUUACAAUCAA